GCCCCAGCAUCCCCCGCGGCGAAGCUGGGUGCCGCGGGGAGUCUGGCCACCAUGCCACCUCCUCUCCUCCUCUUCUUCCUCCUCUUCCUUACUCCCGUGGGAGGCAAGGCCCAGGAACCACAGCUGGUGGAGGCUAAAGAGGGAGACAACGCUGUGCUGCCGUGCUUCAAUUCCCCAGAGGGUCACUCGCAGAAGCUGGCCUGGUUUCGGGAGACGGCAGCUUUCUUAGCGCUGAGCCCAAAGUUACGAGACCUGAGCAUUCAGAAACAGCCCCUGGGCAUCAUGCUGCUCAUCUUGAACGUCACUAAGCAGAUGGGGGGCUUCUACCUGUGCCAGCCAGGGCCCCCUUCUGCGCAGGCCUGGCAGCCUGGCUGGACAGUCAGCGUGGAGGGCAGUGGGGAGCUGUUCCGGUGGAAUGCCUCAGACCUAGAUGACCUAGGCUGUGGCCUGGGCAACAGGCCCUCAGAGGGCCCCAGGUCCUUUCCUGGUCACCCCACAAGCUCCCAGCUGUAUGUGUGGGACAAAGACAAACGUAAGAUCUGGAAGACAGACCUUAAAUGUGCCUCAAAUAGGAGCAGUCUGAACCAGAGCCACACCCAAGACCUCAUCGUGGCCCCUGGCUCCACACUCUGGCUGCCCUGUGGGGUGCCGCCCGACUCCCUGGUUAGAGGCCCCGUCUCCUGGACCCACGUGCAUCCCGAGAAGAAACCCUCAUUGCUGAGCCUAAACAUGACGGAGGAUGCCCCAGUCAGAGAGAUGUGGGUCCUGGGCACCCUCAGAGGAGGGGCUGUUCUGUUGCUGCCCCAGGCCACAGCUCAAGAUGCAGGCACCUAUUAUUGUUACCUUGGCAACAUGACCCUGGAGAUAGAGCUGAAGGUCACUGCUCGGUCAGCUGUAUGGCACUGGCUGAUGGAGACUGGUGGCUGGAAAGUCCCUGUUGCGACUUUAGUUUAUCUGAUCUUCUGCCUGGGUUCCCUAGUGGUCUUUCUUCAUCUUCGAAGAGCCCUGAUCCUGAGGAGGAAAAGAAAGCGAAUGACUGAUCCCACCAGAAGGUUCUUCAAAGUGACGCCUCCCGCGGGUACCGGCGCCCAGAAUCAGUAUGGGAACGUGCUCUCCGUUUCCACGCCCACCUCUGGCACGGGACGUGCCCUGCGGUGGGCUGCAGGCCUGGGGGCCGCCGACCCGUCCUCUGGAAACUCACGCAGCCACGUCCAGGAGGCCAGAGCCACCGGGUCCUGGAGCCCGCCGGGAGCGGGCCCAGAAGAAGAGGAAGGGGAGGCCUAUGAGGAGCCGGACAGUGAGGAGGGCUCCGAGUUCUACGAGAACGACUCCAACCUUGGGCAGGACCAACUCUCCCAGGACGGCAGCGGCUAUGAGAACCCUGAGGACGGGGCCUUGGGUCCUGAGGAUGAAGACUCCUUCUCCAACGCUGAGUCUUAUGAAAAUGAGGAUGAAGAGGUGGCCCAGCCAGUCACCAGGACAACAGACUUCCUGAGCCCCCAUGGGUCAGCCUGGGACCCCAGCAAGGAGGCAACCUCCCUUGGGUCCCAGUCCUAUGAGGAUAUGAGAGGGAUCCUGUAUGCAGCCCCCCAGCUCCGCUCCUUUCGGGCCCAGCCUGCCCCCAAUCAUGAGGAAGAUGCAGACUCUUAUGAGAACAUGGAUAAUCCUGACGGGCCAGAACCAGCAUGGGGUGGAGGGGGCCACGUGGGGACCUGGAGCACCAGGUGAUUCCCUUCAGCCUGGGCCUCCUCAGGCCCCUGAGAUCCAUACCUGACUCUGAAAUCUGGGACCCCAAGCAGAUGGUGUCAACCUCUGGAACGAUGUUGCUGAGGAUGUGUGUACCUGUGUGUGUGUACACAAG